AUGCAGCCUAUGGAGGGUGUGCAGGCGGACCUGGGCAAGGCCCAGGUGAUCGACCGUGUCCCCAAAGUGAUCAAGGAGCUGAAGUUUGGUGUGCUGUCCAACGACGACAUCGUCAGCCAGGGUGUAGUCGAAGUCUCCGACCGAAAAUUCUUCAACCUCGAAAAUGACCGUUCUAUCGUUUCCAAUGGCCCGCUCGACGCGCGCAUGGGUAUUUCGAAUAAGACCUCGACCUGUCAGACAUGCGGCGGAGCACUCCAGGUUUGCAACGGCCAUUUCGGUCAUGUCCGGCUGGUUCUGCCUGCGUUCCACGUUGGCUACUUCAAACGCGUGAUUGGUAUCCUGCAAGAAAUUUGCAAGGAGUGCUCGCAUAUUCUGCUCCCCGAGGCAGAGCGCCGUGCGUUUCUUCGUGAGAUGCGCCGCCCCCGGCUGGAUAACCUGCGACGGACGCAGAUCGCCAAACGAGUCAACGACCGCUGCCGCAAGACCCGAACCUGCGAGAACUGUGGUGCUGUCAACGGUGUGGUGAAAAAGACCGGUACCAGCUCUCUUAAGAUUACGCACGACAAAUUCCGUGCGUUCAACGCUUCGACGUCGACAAAGAAGAUCCCACCACCUAGCAAGAUUGUUUUCGACAGGUCGCUGGAAGAAGCUAGGGGUGCGAACCCGGAGGUCGAGAAACAUUACAAAAAGGCCCAAGACGAUUUGAAUGCGCUGCGGGUGUUGAACUUGUUCAAACGCAUCUCGGACAGUGACUGCGAAUUAAUAGGUCUGGAUCCUAAGGAAGCGAGGCCGGAGAUGUUCCUUUGGCAAUUCAUUCCUGCGCCACCCGUGUGUAUUCGUCCAUCCGUCGGUCAAGACGCCUCCUCUACUGAGGAUGACUUGACAGCCAAGCUGGGAGAUAUUGUUCAGAGUAACAUUAAUCUCAAAAAUGCUUUGCUCAAGGGAGCGCCGGUGCAGACCAUCAUGGAGUGUUGGGACUAUAUGCAACUACAGAUUGCCGUCUACAUCAACAGUGAUGUUCCCGGUCUAAACAAGGCAGAUCUUGGGAAGCCCAUUCGAGGUUUCGUGCAGCGUCUGAAGGGUAAGCAGGGUCGAUUCCGUGGUAACUUGUCUGGAAAGCGUGUUGAUUUCUCCGGACGAACUGUUAUCUCGCCCGAUCCUAACCUGCGAGUUGAUGAGGUUGCUGUUCCGGAACUUGUCGCCAAGAACAUGACUUAUCCCGAGGUGGUCAACAGGUACAAUAAGGAAAAGCUACAGCAAUGCGUUCGGAAUGGACAGAAGAAGUGGCCAGGUGCCAACUAUAUCGUCAAGAAGGGAAAUCCGCUGAAGACUAUGCUGAAGUACGGUAACCUCAAGUUCAUUGCCGACCAGCUGCAGGAAGGAGAUAUCGUUGAGCGUCACAUCGAAGACGGCGAUAUUGUCCUGUUCAACCGUCAACCUUCGCUCCACAAACUCAGUAUCCUUUCUCAUUUUGCCAAAGUGCGCCCUCACCGAACAUUCCGACUGAACGAGUGUGUUUGCAACCCAUACAAUGCUGAUUUCGACGGAGACGAAAUGAACCUUCACGUGCCCCAGACGGAAGAGGCGAGAGCCGAAGCUAUGGAGCUGAUGGGUGUGAAGAACAACUUGGCGACCCCGAAGAACGGAGAGCCUAUCAUUGGUGCCAUCCAAGAUUUCAUCAGUGCUGCUUUUCUGCUCAGUAGCAAGGAUAACUUCUUCGACCGACGUAGCUUUACCCAGAUAUGCUUAUACAUGCUUGGCCCGCAAACCCGUUUCGAUCUGCCACCCCCUGCGGUGCUCAAGCCGCAGAUGCUUUGGACCGGAAAGCAGAUUUUCAAUAUCCUGAUGCGGCCUAACAAGGAUGACCCGGUCUUGGUCAAUCUUGACGCCGCGUGCAGACAGUUCAAGCAGCCAAAGGGGGGUCGACCCAAAGACCUGGACCCCAACGAUGCUUGGCUUGUUAUUCGAAACUCUGAGGUCAUGUGCGGUGUAAUGGACAAGUCCACAGUCGGAUCCGGAAAGAAGGAUAACGUCUUCUAUAUUAUGCUUCGUGACUUUGGCCCUGCUGCAGCUGCCGAGGGUAUGAACCGUCUGUCGAAGUUAUCAGCCCGUUGGUUCACAAAUAUGGGCUUUUCUAUUGGUAUCACAGAUGUCUAUCCCAGUGAUAGGCUGAUACAGUCGAAGAACGAUUUGGUUGAAGCUGCCUAUGCACAGUGUGACGAGGUCAUUGCCCAGUACAAGGCUGGUACGCUUGAGAAGUAUCCUGGAUGUGACGAACUGCAGACUAUGGAGAACCAAAUCUCUGGUAUUCUGAGUAAAGUUCGCCAGCAAGCUGGUGACGAAUGUAUCGCUCAGCUGAGCAAAUGGAACUCUCCCCUGAUCAUGGCUACGUCCGGUUCCAAAGGUUCUAGUAUCAACGUGUCUCAGAUGGUUGCCCUCGUCGGUCAGCAAAUUAUUGGUGGUCAGCGUGUGCAGGACGGUUUCCAGGAUCGAACCUUGCCUCACUUCCCGAAGAACGCCCGUCAGCCCCCGUCCAAGGGUUUCGUGCGCAACAGUUUCUUCUCCGGUCUUCUACCCUACGAGUUCAUCUUCCACGCCAUGUCCGGUCGUGAAGGUCUGGUCGAUACUGCGGUCAAGACUGCCGAAACUGGUUACAUGUCCCGUCGUCUGAUGAAGUCUCUGGAAGAUCUUUCUACCGGCUACGACGACACUGUUCGGAACUCGUCUCAGGGUAUCGUCCAGUUCCAGUAUGGUGACGAUAAACUGGACCCCUUCGAUAUGGAGGGCAAAGCCAAGCCCGUCCACUUCGAUCGAACUUUCAUCCACGCCGAGACGACGACGUACAAGAACGAUGAGCGAAGUUUGUCCCCUGGUGAGAUUAUGGACGUAUGCGAGGAAAUGCUUUCCAAGGAGCGUGCCAAGCUGGUGCGAAAAGACCUGAUGGGUGUUGAGCUUGGUUACAUGGAUCGUAGCGACCACGGUAUUGACCAAUUCGAGAGCGCUCGUGACUUCCUCGACUCGGUGCAGCAAUAUGUCCAAAACAAGGCGGACAGGUUGAUCUCCCGAGGUGGUGACAGCGAUCCAAACGACGAGAGGACAGCCAAGGGUUUGAAUCACACAGGAAAGCUGACUGAGCGCACACUUCGAACAUUCAUCUCCAGCUGUUUGCUGAAGUACAAGAAAGCCCAAGUGGAGCCAGGACAUGCCGUCGGUGCCGUCGGUGCGCAGUCUAUUGGUGAGCCCGGUACGCAGAUGACGCUGAAAACUUUCCAUUUUGCUGGUGUCGCCGGUAUGAGUAUCACACAGGGUGUGCCCCGUAUCAAGGAAAUUAUCAACGCUUCCAAGGAGAUCAGUACUCCAGUUAUUGCCUGCGAGCUGGUUGAGAAGCACAACAUUGUCGCCGCUCGAAUGGCCAAGGGUCGCAUCGAAAAGACCUUCCUACGCGAUAUCAUCCACUACGUCCGUGAAACAUGGACAGGAAAGGAAGCCUUCCUGACCGUCAAGAUCAACUGGGAGACAAUCAGCGCCCUAGAGCUCGAUCUGACAGUCGCCAGAAUCCGACACGCCAUCGAGAAUCACCGACGGUUCAAGUCAGAUGACUUGAAGCUGAGGUCAAGCCGUUCUCACAUCCACAUUCACAUCGAUCUGGACCCCGCAAGCAAGGAGAAGCUCUCCAAGACCGAAAUCGCCGCAACCAGCGCGGACCCCUUCCUCCGCCUCAAGGCCCUCAAGCGCCUGCUUCCAGACAUCCAAGUCCUCGGUCACCCGCAAGCUUACCGUGCAAUCAUUCGUACCGACGACAAGAACGAUACAAAUACUCUUCUGGUCGAAGGUUACGGUCUACGCCAGUGCAUGAACACAGUGGGUAUCGACGGCCUACGCACCCGAACCAACAACGUUAUGGAAGCACGCGACGUGCUGGGUAUCGAGGCAGCCCGGUCAACCAUCGUGCAAGAAAUCAGCGAAGUCAUGAAGGACAUGGACAUUGAUCCGCGUCACAUGCAACUUCUUGCCGAUGUCAUGACAUACAAGGGUGAAGUUCUCGGUAUCACGCGUUUCGGUCUUGCGAAGAUGCGUGACUCUGUUCUGCAACUUGCCUCUUUCGAAAAGACGGCAGACCACCUGUUUGAUGCUGGUGGAGCAGGCCGAACUGAUCUGAUCGAGGGUGUCUCCGAGUGUAUCAUCAUGGGUAAGACCGUUGGCCUUGGUACGGGUGCGAUGGAGGUUGUUCGCAAGAUGAACUUCUUUGAAGGGCAGAUCGGCGCAAGGAAGACCAUCUUCGAGGACGCGUGGAACGAUGUCCAUGGCGAGCGCAAGACGAAGAAGAGGAAGGCAUAG